AUGCCGCUGCGCUCGCAAGGGAGCGGCGGGCAAGUGGAUUUCGUGCUAGGCAGCAAGCGUUGGGGGAAGUCUUCUGGCAGUGAUACGUUGUGCGCUGGCACCGAGAACAAGCUGAGCUCCCUAUCCGACCUGGAGCAGCAGUACCGGGCGCUGCGCAAGUACUACGAGAACUGCGAGGUGGUGAUGGGCAACCUGGAGAUCACCAGCAUUGAGCACAACAGAGACCUCUCCUUCCUGCGGUCUAUCAGAGAAGUCACGGGCUACGUGCUGGUGGCUUUGAACCAGUUUGAGUACCUGCCCCUGGAGAACCUGCGCAUCGUUCGUGGCACCAAGCUCUACGAAGACAGAUACGCGUUGGCCAUAUUCCUCAACUACAGGAAGGACGGCAACUUCGGACUCAGGGAGCUCGGCUUGAAGAACUUGACUGAAAUCCUGAACGGCGGCGUGUAUGUUGGCCAGAACAAAUUCCUGUGCUUCGCAGACACCAUCCAUUGGCAGGACAUUGUGCGGAACCCCUGGGCCUCCAACUUCACCUUGGUCCCGAUGAACGGCAGCUCGGGCU